AUGAAAAUCACCCUUUUGAUGAUCUCCGUGUUUGGAACGAUGUUCUUGGUUGGCUUAGAUAGAACAAUCAUCUCUACAGCUAUUCCUCAAAUCACUGACGACUUCAACUCCCUCGAUGAUGUUGGUUGGUACGGAAGCGCAUACAACCUCACAUGCUGUGCUUUUCAAUUAUUGUUCGGAAAGAUUUAUGUGCUAUACGAUGUGAAGACCGCCAUGCUUCUGAGCACCCUCCUAUUCGAGGUAGCUUCGGCUAUCUGCGGUGCGGCGCCGAACUCAGUCGCCUUCAUUAUUGGCCGAGCAAUUGCUGGAGUUGGUGCUGCUGGUAUAUUUGCGGGAACCAUCGUUUGCAUUGUCUUCGUGGUUCCUCUUCACAGACGUCCCCAGAUACAAGGCUUGUUUGGUGCCCUUUUUGGCAUCGCAUCAAUCGUCGGUCCAUUGGUAGGGGGAGCUUUUACCUCGAAUGUAACUUGGAGGUGGUGUUUUUACAUUAACUUGCCUCUGGGUGGGGUUGCCAUGGUUAUCAUGUUCUUCUUUCUUGAUAUCCCUGAGCGCGAUACAACGAAAGUCUCUUGGAAUAAGAAGCUGCCGCAACUGGACGCUCUAGGCACUACAUGUAUUAUCCCUGGGGUUACUUGCCUUUUGCUAGCACUGCAAUGGGGUGGUCAGACAUAUGCCUGGAACAAUGGGAAAAUCAUUGCAUUAUUGACUCUGAUGGGCGCAUUGUUGGUCGGUUUCGUUCUAGUCCAGGUAUUUAUCCCCUCAACCGCCACGAUUCCACCACGCGUUUUCAAAUUUCGGAGCGUUGUGUCUGCGACCUGGGCAAGUGUUUGCCUCGGUGCUGGAAAUUAUAUCUAUGUUUACUUUAUCCCUAUCUGGUUUCAGUCUAUCAAAGGUACCACCGCCGUGCAGUCCGGUAUACGCCUGCUUCCUACAAUGUUAUCAACCGUCGUUGCCUCAAUGCUGAGUGGGGCAGUCACACCCAAGAUCGGAUACUACACACCGCUGGCAAUCAUAGGUACCUGCCUCAUGUCUAUUGGAGCUGGCCUUAUCACGACCUGGCAUGUUGAUACUAGUGCGGGGAAAUGGAUCGGUUAUCAGAUUCUGUAUGGAUUUGGCUUGGGCAUGUGCUUUCAAACACCCAAUUUGGCCGUGCAAACUGUCAUGCCAAAGAAGGACGUGCCAAUUGGCCUUGCACUGAUGCUAUUCACCAAUUUGCUCGCAUCGGCGGUAUUCAUUUCUGUUGGGGAGAACGUCCUUAGCAGUCAGCUUGUACUGAGACUUUCUGGUAUCCCUGGAUUUAACGCUAGUCAAGUCGUAUCGAGCGGCCUUACCUCAUUACUCGAGUCUAUACCAGUGAACCUCCGGGAUGAGGUACUUGUACGUUACAACGAGGCGUUAAUGCAGGUUUUCCAAGUCGGAUUGAUUGUUACGUGCCUUACCAUCCUAGGCACAGCUACAUUGGAAUGGAAGAGCGUCCUCAAGGAGAAAAAGGCGAAGGAGCAGGCUCAGGCUCAAGCCCAGGCAUGCGCUGAGGCAGAGGCAAAGGAAAAGGCCGCCGCUGAAACUAGUGGAGCGAUUGAGGAACAGCCAGUUCGUUACGAAGAAAACGUCGUUGAAUCGUCAACUUGA